CCCCCAAACUCCCCACCGCCCACCUCUCCGCUCCCCUCGCUAAAUCUGAAAUCUCAGACCCCAAAUUUCCCCAUCUCCCAAAUCCCUCCUUCCACCAAGAAAAUCUCCGGCGAAUCCAACCCCAAGCAAAGUCGAGCCGAUCCGUCGACGAUGGCGCUAGAGUGGGUGGUGCUGGGGUACGCGGCGGGCGCGGAGGCGAUCAUGCUGCUCCUGCUGACCCUGCCCGGCCUCGACGCGCUCCGGCACGGCAUGAUCACCGUCGUGCGGGGCGCGCUGAAGCCGAUGAUGUCCGUGGUGCCCUUCUGCCUCUUCCUGCUCAUGGACAUCUACUGGAAGUACGAGACGCGGCCCACCUGCGGCGACGAGCACGCCUGCACCCCCUCCGAGCACCUCCGCCACCAGAAGUCCAUCAUCAAGUCGCAGCGCAACGGACUCCUCAUCCUCGCCGCGCUGCUCCUCUACUGGAUCCUCUUCUCCGUCACCUCCCUCGUCGUCAAGCUCGACGCGCUCCAGCACCGCGUCGACAGGCUCAAGAAGCGCGACGACUGAUCUCAUCCUCCCCGCCGCCGCCGCGGUCCGACGGUGUCGAUGUUUCUUCCUCUUUAUUACUCGUUUAUGUUCCUACUAGAUACAUCAGUCCUGUGAUGCAUGUUUCCGUGUUUUUUUUCUUGAUGUUGUAGUGUGGAUGUUCGAGAUCGUGAUCCGGAUUUCAUGAGCGUUUAGUAUCUGAACCAGAUCUACUUCGAGUAAAAUAGGCCUUCCUUUAAUUAUGCGCUCGAGAUUGUUAUGGAAGAACAGUGUUAUUCUAAAUGUCCUUACGAAUGUCA